AAAAAAAACAAAGAUGAAAUUUUUUGCACCAUAAGCGAUUCAAUUUGUGGAGUUUUGUUGUUAACCCAAUUUAGACAGCGAAGAACAAUUUGUAGGAAGCAACUAGAAUUCGAAACUCGUGAAUUUCUAUCUUAGUGUUGACAUAACCAUAACAAAGUCAAUUACUUUGCUUCUUUUUUAUUGAUUUGAACAACAACAGCUACACCUUGAGUCCUUGAAUUGGGAUGUGGGGGUUAUAGUUGAAAAUUAAAAAAAGGUUUGAACUUUAAGUUCACCAAACGUUCUUUCUGCUUGAAUGACUGUUGGGUAGUUGUGUUAUCAGUAAAUUCUUUGAAAGGAAUUGCUACUGUUCAGAAUCAGAUUCCAAGCAAUUUGUUUUAUAUGCUAAGUUUUUCUCAACACUGUUUACAAAUGAAUCUUAAGGAUUCUGAAGCUGAGAACUGAUUAUUGAUGAUGGGUUGUAAUGGGAUUGAACAUUUGUGUAAAGAAGUUUUAGAAGAGAAAAAGGGUGUUAGACAAAUGGAGGAUGAUGAAUUGGUUAGUGUGGCAGUGGAAGUUGCGUCUCAACAAGAUGAUGAUUUAGCUUCUUCUAAUUUGGAACACCAAUCAUUGCAAGUUACUUCUUUGUCACAUAGAGAUUCUGUUCAUGAAGGUUUGGAACAUUGCAUCACAGCACCUAUUGGUGCUGAGAGAAAUCCACUAAUAGGUGAAGACGAGGUUAUGAUUUCUCGGUCGAUGACAGAAAAGAGAGUGCUUCGAAGGCAUGACCUAAUAUUGGACAGAUUGUCCGAGCACGAGAAGCAAAAACUGAUUGCUAACCUAGUGAAGAUACAAAAUGAUGGGACUGUUGAAGUUGAUGUAGAAAGGAGUGCAACAGUAGCUUCAGAGUUGUUAGAGCUCCAGUCUUUUGAAGAGUCAACAGUGAGCGGAAGUUUUAUUUCUGAUUCUAAAAAGUUAGUUCCAAGGUUACAAAUUGUCAUACUUGUGGUUGGAACUAGAGGCGACGUACAACCUUUUGUGGCAAUUGCAAAGAGACUUAAGGAGUAUGGUCAUCGUGUUAGGCUAGCAACUCAUGCUAAUUUCAAGACAUUUGUAAGGUCGGCUGGUGUAAAUUUCUAUCCUCUCGGAGGUGAUCCUCGAGUAUUGGCAGGAUAUAUGGCAAGGAAUAAAGGUUUGAUCCCUUCUGGUCCAACUGAAAUAUCUAUCCAACGAAAGCAGCUGAAGACCAUAAUUGAUUCUCUUCUUCCAGCUUGCACAGCACCUGAUUCCGAAACCGGUAUUCCCUUCACAGCUCAAGCUAUUAUUGCCAACCCUCCCGCAUAUGGGCAUGUACAUAUUGCUGAAGCACUUGGGGUACCUAUUCACAUCUUCUUUACGAUGCCAUGGACGCCAACCUAUGCGUUUCCACACCCUUUAGCACGUGUUCCUCAAGGUGCCGGUUAUUGGCUGUCAUAUAUAAUUGUGGAUCUACUGAUAUGGUGGGGAAUGCGAGGAAUUAUUAAUUCCUUCAGGAAAAGAACAUUGAAGCUUCCUCCUAUUGCAUACUUUAGCAUGUACCGUGGAUCGAUAUCUCAUUUACCAACUGCCUAUAUGUGGAGUCCUCAUGUUGUUCCGAAACCAAGUGACUGGGGUUCUUUAGUUGAUGUUGUUGGUUAUUGUUUCUUGAGCCUUGCAUCAAAGUAUCAACCACGUGAAGAUUUUGUCCGAUGGAUUAAAAAAGGACCGCCUCCUUUAUAUUUUGGGUUUGGGAGCAUGCCUCUUGAAGAUCCUAAAAGAACAACAAAUGUUAUAUUGGAGGCGCUAAAGGAGACAGAACAACGAGGAAUUAUUGACCGAGGUUGGGGCAAUCUAGGGAAUUUGGCAGAAAUUUCUGACAAUGUUUUCCUUCUUGAGGAAUGCCCUCAUGAUUGGUUGUUUCCACAAUGUUCUGCUGUGGUACAUCACGGUGGAGCCGGAACAACAGCUACAGGAUUAAAAGCCGGGUGUCCAACAACAAUAGUUCCCUUCUUUGGAGAUCAAUUCUUUUGGGGAGAUAGAAUACAUCAGAAAGAGUUGGGACCAGCCCCUAUUCCAAUAUAUGAACUCAAUGUUGAGAAUUUAUCAAAUGCUAUAAAAUUCAUGCUCCAGCCAGAGGUGAAAUCUCGGGCGAUGGAAGUUGCUAAGUUGAUUGAGAAUGAAGAUGGCGUUGCUGCGGCAGUUGAUGCGUUUCAUCGCCAUCUGCCGGAAGAAUUACCACUGCCAACUCCAUCUCAUGUGGAAGAGGACAACUUAAGUCCUCUUGAGUGGUUUUUUGACCAACUUGCAAAGUGGUGUUGUGUGCCUUGUGGUGGUGUGUAGAUUUCUUACAUGCAUAUACUUUUUCUUACUUCUUUUUUUCAUUAUAUGUAAUAUUUAGGUUUCAUAGGAACUUUCUGUUUUUUUUCAGAAUGGUAGCAUAGAGUUUUUAUUUGGUAUUUCAUUCAUUAUGUCAAGUCUCUUAUGUGAGACCUUGACCUUGACUAACAAUAAAUGUUCAGCUAUAUUAGAUGUUAGAUUUCAUUUCACCCCUCCCCCAUAAAACAAAGAGGUUCUGUCAUUUGUGAUAGAUUGAGACUUGAGAGUGUUACAUAUAUAAAGAGCUCUGCUAGGUGCUGUGCUGUGUUUUUGUAUUUGAUAGUAUCAUGCAAUAGUUUUAUGUAACUUGAGGUUCAAAUUGUUAUUGUGUUUUUU